AUGAGCGGCGAAGUCGCGACGUCCGAGAUCCGAGUCGCCGCAAGAAAUCAUGCAGCUUACGAAUGGAUUCACCAUGAGCAUGUUGGCCGUUCCCAUGGCCUCACGACUUCUCAACUUUGGGCCAUUCGCGAUACUAUCCACCCCCCUCAACUGAAUGUCCUCUCCCCUCUCUAUUCCGCUGCCCUGGCCUUUGCCGACCACAGCACUGUACACGUGAAGGUUCCGCAGGAUGUCAUGUCCGAUUUACAACAGCACCUCCAACCACUUGCAUCGAGUGUUAAUCUCGAUGUCGCAGAUUUGCUGGUUGAAGCUGCCGCAGUGGUCGCAACCUACAACAUGGUCUCGCCUUCUUGGUCUCUUUGGACAUAG